AUGGGUUCGCCGAUUUCGGGACUCAUAGCCGAGGCGGUCCUACAACGGCUGGAGUCGCUGGUUUUCCGACACCACAGAACGAAAUUUUGGGCUCGGUAUGUGGAUGACACCUUCGUCGUCAUCGAACGGGAUCAGGUGCUGACGUUCAAAGAACAACUCAACGCCGUCUUCCCGGACAUCCAAUUUACGAUGGAGGAGGAGGAAAACAAUCAGCUGGCCUUCCUGGAUGUCCUCGUCUGCCGCAAAGAUUGUGGUGGCCUAAAAACCAAAGUGUUCAGGAAAGCGACAAAUACGACGCAAAUACUGAACUUCAAUAGCAACUACCCGAUCAGUCACAAAAGCAGUUGCGUAAGGGCGCUAUACCGGCGCGUUGAGACGCACUGCAGUGAAAUGGAAGACAAGGUUGCUGAACUACAAUAUCUUCGACGGGUAAUGAGAGCCAAUGGUUACCCGCGCAGCUUUGUCAACCAGUGCAUACGAAAAGGACACCAGAGACCAAAUCCAACCGGACCCAAAUUUUGGCGGGCUCUUCCGUACGUGAAGAACGUCUCGGAAGCCGUCAAUCGUCUUCUCACUCCACUUGGAGUUGGGGUUGCACACAGGCCGGAAGCAACCAUUAGGCGCCAAGUAAUGAGGCCAAAAGACCCGCUGCCACGGCAGGACACGACUGGAGUCAUUUACCGGAUCUGGUGUAGUUGCGGACAAAGCAAUUAUGUCGGAGCAACUGGGAGAUUACUCCGUAUGCGAAUUGCCGAGCACGCAGCAGCGGUGAGGCGGGGAGACGCUAACUCUCAAGUGGCGGCACACUCGACGGGACCCGGCCAUCUUUUCAAAUUUCAAGAGGCCGAAAUCCUCGCAAGGGGUGACAACCGCGUGAGCCGCGAGCUGCUCGAGUCAUGGUUCUCAGGCCCGCAAUCCAUCAACAAGCACAAUGACCUCCCGGUGCCCUAUAGCGUACUGCGAUUUUCCCUGGGCAGGAGGAUCAGUCACGUGGGGAGGGCGCGGGCGAGGAAUCAUCACGGUGGCAGUGAGCCAGUUUGCCGAGCAAUCGUCACACCAGCAUCCAGCACGGAUGACGAAAUCGCGGCCAUUAACGACUCAGACUCGGACCGACAAGCCACCACCGCAUCAAUUACGGUCCCAGCGGUGAUUACGAGAACUGUUAAUUGCAGUGCGCAUGCGGUCCCACGGCAGCCACGUGCUAUAAAUACUGCACUCCUGGUGCCACAAUCACCUUUAUCUGCUAAGGUCUCUGAUGAUGGAUUCGAGUAA